GUCCAGUGGAACAAAACUGCUACAUGUACUGAUACCCAACCCAGAGCGGAGCGUUGGUUGGACUCCGCCCAACUAGCUUCAGUCCUGUUUGCAGAACUGUUUUGUUUACCUUUUGCAUUAAUUAUAGAUCUAUACUUGUUCACUGGAUCUGUGCUAUAGGAUCUAGAUUCACUCUGAGGGACUUCACCAGGGGAACCCCCCUCUGCAAACAGCCAGCCAAGCAGAAUGGGUGACGUGGUGAGUAAACAGAAAGGUGAAGGUAAUCUGUCUGAGGAGCUCCUCCUUAAGGAUCUAGAAUCUGGUGAUUUUGAACGAAUAAUGCUUGUUGUUCAUGGAGACAGACUCGUUACACAGAGGCUUGGCCCUAAAGAUUUCACUUGUUUACACUAUGCAUCCUACCAUGGUAAUGUAAAAAUUGUUAAAAUGAUUAUUGACCGUUGUGGUGAAGUAGCUCUGCACAGAGUUUUUGAAAUGAACCCUUCUCCUAUUGAUAUAGCUAGAGGAAGUGGGCACUCUGAACUGGCAAGCCUUCUUGCAGCAAUGCAUCCUCCUUUGCAAGAUGUGGAGUCUCUUGAAGAUGCAGCUAUUACUAAUACAAUGGUGUUUAAAAAGACUGAUCUGUUGUUACACGCUUGCCUUGUUGGUGACAUAGAGCAAGUUAAAUCUCUCUCGGAAGAAGCUCUUAUUAGCACUGGGGAUAUGAGAGUACUUGGUUCGAGCCAGAUACCUUUGCAUGUAGCAGCCGAGAACGGACACCUUGAAAUUGUUAAGUAUCUUGUGCAUGCAGCUAAAUAUAAUUGUAGGGGUAAAGAUCCAUCCAAAAAGACUCCUCUACAUUUCGCUGCAUGCAAUGGACAUUUGAAAGUUGUUCAAUUUCUUUCAUCUGAAGAUCCCUCGAUGAUUAAUUUUAAAGAUAAAGACGGGAACACAUCUUUGCACUAUGCAUGUAGAGAAGGACAGUCUAUUGUUGUUACUGAGCUAGCUGAAGUCCGAAAAUGCAAAACGAUGGUUGAGAAUAACGAUGGUUUCAGUUCGAUUAGCAUAGCACGCUUGAGUGGGCAUCCUGAAAUAGCAGACUUCCUUCAGUCGUUGGCAGACGAUGACUCCAUUGAAAGCAGUAGUGAACAUGUCAGUGGUAGAGAAGAUUCUGUUGAGCCAUCUCUCCCAGGCUUGCUCUCUCACCUUCAUGAUUUUAACCGUCAGCUUCGUCAAGCAAUGGCUGAUGUUAUUGGAGAAGAACGAGAGGAAGAACUUCACCGGCUAGCUGAACAGGCAGCUGAGCUAGCUGUGCAAGGUGGUACAAGUUUAGGAAUGUUGCCUAUCCAUCAAGCAUGUGCAGUAGGAAACUUAGAUGAAGUCAAGUCCCUAGUGAUUAAUGAACAAUGCAAUGUUAAUGUCCGAGAUGAUAAAAACCACACUCCACUUAUUAUCGCUGCUCACAUGGGCAAAACAGAUGUUGUUAAGUACUUAACAUCUUUGAACAACUGUGACAUUUCUCUUAAAGACAGCCAUGGCCGCAUGCCUAUUCAUCAUGCAGCGCAAGGUGGUCAUGGUGAUGUGAUAACUAUUCUCUUGCAAGACGGAAAAGGUAGUUCUAUGAUUGAAGACAACGAAGGAACAGUGCCCCUUCAAAUAGCUUCAUUUAAUGGUUUUCUCGAUGUUGUUCAACUUCUUGCAGGCCAAAAAAAUAUCAAUCCAGAUCAUGCUGAUCACGAUGGAAGAACAUCCCUUCACUGCGCUGCUCAAGAGGGCCACCUCCCUGUCCUCAAGUUCCUUGUUGAAGAGUACAAUUGCAAUAUAAACGGAAAAGAUAAAACGAAUGGUGUUACGGCAUUACAUCUUGCUGCAUCUCGUGGCAAUUAUGAGAUGGUGGAUUAUAUUUGUUCCCACCCUGACUGUGAUCGUGAGGCUAAAGAUAAUGCAGGUCGAACUCCACUCUUUCGAGCCUCACAGUAUGGAAUGACCCGCAUCGUUAAACUCCUAGUAGAGAAAUUUAAAUGUGACUGCUCAACUAAAGAUGCUAACAAUGCGACUCCAUUGCAUCCAGCUGCAAUAGGAGGACACCUCGAAAUAGUUAAAUUUUUAUGUCUACAAUUAUCAGAGAUUGAAGUUGAAGCGAAAGAUUCCAGUGGCCGUACAGCCGUUCAUUUUGCUUCACAAAGUGGCCAACUUGACAUAAUUACUUUUCUUGUGAGGGAUAAAGGUUGCGAUGGGUCGUUAAAAGAUGUUGAGCAUGGCGUAACACCUCUCCAUCUUGCUGCCAACAAUGGCAAUAUUCAGGUUGUUAAAUUUCUGUGUGCAUUAAGUGAAGUAGACCCAGGUCAGGCUGACAAUCAUGAUCGCUCUCCACUUCAUUAUGCUGCUAUUGGAGGCCACAUUGCUGUUGUGAAGUACCUUGUUAAUGAACAGCACUGUGCCACUAACUUACAAGACAAAAAUGGCCUUACUCCCUCUACACUUGCUCGUGUCAGUGGGAAUGUUGAACUAGUGAGCGUCAUAGAAGCACAAGUACUGUCUACUUCUUACAUAGUCACUGAGUCUCAUGAAACAAAAUGGCUUGAGCAAAAUGACGACAAACAUACAACAGAAGACACAGCUCGACUCUUUGCCAUUUGUGGUGAUCUUGAAAAACUGAGAAGCCUUGUUGACUCUGAAAGUAAAAACGUUCUUGAACAAAAAGGCUUUAAUGGCGAAUCCGUUCUACACAAUGCUAGUUUUGCUGGCAAACUGGAUGUAGUUAAAUACCUUGUAAACGAGUGCGAGUGUGACGUUGGAGCAGGAGAUAACGAUGGUCAUACACCCAUUCACAACGCAGCCCAUGAAGGCCAUGAUGAGGUCGUUGCCUUCCUUGCUUCUCAGAUUAUUGGUGGUGUGGACAUUGGUGAUAAUAAUGGUAGAGUUGCUCUUCAUUAUGCUGCUCAGAAUGGACACUAUAAGGCAGUAAUUGUUCUAAUGAGCACUUAUCGAAGCAGUGGCUUGCUGAUGGACAAGUGCCAUGUCACUCCUCUUCAUUUAGCAGCUAGUGGAGGACAUACUAAAGUAGUGGAAUUCAUCCUUCAGAACGAGCAAGCUGACCCACGAAUUGCCGAUGAUGAUGGACGAACAGCUGUUCAUUAUGCUACACAAGAGGGGCACAUAAAAGUAGUACAGUGUCUUGUAGCACAAUAUUUCUUUUCAAGUUUUCGAGCUGACAAAUCAGGCAUUACUCCACUGCAUCUUGCCUGUGUUAAAGGAGACCUUCUCUUAGUGAAAUAUUUGUGCUCCCUACGAUCUUUCCAGCCGAAUGCUAUUGACAACAAUGGCCGUACCCCCUUACACUGUGCUUGCAAUGGUGGCUAUUUUGAGAUAGUGAAUUUUUUGACUAAAGAAUCAGACACUGAGUUGGCAAUUGAAGACAACAGGGGGAUGACUCCGUUUGAUUUAGCGUCCACUGUAGGAGCUUCACACAUUUGUUCUCAUCUCAGAAACUUAGGAUGUGGUCCAAGUAAAAGUGCAAAGAUUCAAAAUGAAGCUGAAACAGAAAAUCUGAAGAUAAAACUUUUUGAACAGAUGGCGGAAGCUUCUGGUAGUUUUCAACUCCAUUCAUUAGCACUAAGUGGGAACAUUGCCAAAUUUAAAGAUGUUCUCACAACUUCAGAUGUUGAUCCAAACUCCAAAGGUCCAAACGGGGAAACAGCUCUACACUUGGCGAGCUACACUGGUCAUACUGAAAUAGUGGAACUGUUGGUAAGAGAUGAGCGGGUACAAAUCAACUUGAAGGACAACGAUGAGGACACGCCACUUCAUAAUGCUGCUCACAAUGGUCAUCUAGAAGUAGUGAAAGUGUUAGCUUCACACAAAAAUUGUGACACAAAUGCAAGAGACAAGAAUGAACGCACUCCACUUCACUACGCAUCUCAGAAUGGACACUACGAUGUGGUUUCGUAUCUCUCGACUGAGUUAAAUUGUGAUAUAAAUGCAAGAGACAAAUCUGGCACACCUCCUAUACAAGUUGCUGCUUUUGCUGGCCACACUAACAUUGUUGAACUCCUAUCACAGAUUAGUGGCUGCGAGGUAGAUGCCGUUGAUGAACAAGGUCGUACUUCUCUGCACUGUGCAUGUCAAGAAGGUCACUUUGAAAUCAUGCAGUAUCUGAUAAUUGAAUGCAAGGUUGAUUACACCCUUCAAGAAAAAUCGCACUCUGUUACUUCACUCCAUCUAGCUGCAAGCAAAGGUCACCUUCGCAUCGUUAAAUUCCUUUGUACACUUGAACAUAUUGAUGCUGACAUAAAAGACAAGCACGACCGAACACCACUCUUUUAUGCUUGCAAAGAAGGAAACCUGGAAGUUGUCAAGUAUCUCACUACAGAGAAGAAAUGCGAUCUUACAACUACUGACAGUCUUGGUUUCAAUUGUUAUCAAGCAGCUGAAGUGAAUCACCAUCAAACUGUACUUGACUUUAUCGUGCAACACAGCCCUUCCCUUGUUUCUAGUGACCUAUCAACACAAGGCAAGCUGCUAUCAUUGCUCUCUGAGUUAAAAGGAGACGCUUCUAGCCUACUGAUACUUAGUGCAGCUGCUGAAGGAGAUAUUGACUCUAUAAAGCAGCACCUGCAAGGAAAGACUGAAAAAAUUCGUGGUAGAAACGGAGAAACUCCACUUCAUAUUGCAGCUUCCAUGGGGCAUUUGUCUGUUGUGAAGUACUUAGUUGAUGAAUGUAAAUAUGAUGUACUUGACAAGGAUGAAAACAGUUGCACACCUAUUCAUUUGGCUUGUAACCAAGGACAGUUGGAAGUAAUGCAGUAUUUUGCAUUAAGAGAUGAAUGUGACAUGAAUUUGAAAGACAAAAAUGGCAGAACCCCUCUUCACCAUGCAGCCCAAAAUGGUAGUAUGGCAAUUAUAUCUUUUCUGUUAACUCUCAACACCACUAAUCCAUCUCUAGAAGAUGAUGAAGGAAAUACUGCCUUUCUACUAGCUGCUUUUUGUGGAUAUUUAGAUGUAAUGAAAGUGCUGAUCUCAGAUGGCAACAGCAAUCCGAAGCAUUCAGAUAUUAAUGGCCGAUCUUCUCUCCACUGUGCCAGCCAGCAAGGACACUAUAAUAUUGUUAAGUAUCUAGUGUUGGAGCAUAACAUUGACCCAAUGUUGAAAGAAAAACUAAAUGGAGCAAAUGCUUUGCAUUUCGCAACUGGCAAUGGCCAUACAAAUAUUGUUAAAUUUGUUUGCUCUCUCCCUAGUUGUGAUGUGGAUUGUACAGAUAAGGAAGGCCGAACUCCGUUACACCGAGCAGCUCAGCAAGGACACACAGCAAUUGUACAGCUGCUUGCUAAUGACUUUCAUGCCAACUGUGAAGCUUGUGACAAUAAAGGAGUAACACCCCUACACAUGGCUUCAUAUCAGGGGCAACUUGAUGUUGUAAAGUUCUUCAUCACACAAAAAAACUUGAAUCCCUCUGCGUUCCGUGACCAUAAUGGACGUACAGCCCUCCACUGUGCUGCUCAACAGGGCCAAAUUGACGUUAUGAAAUAUCUUGUUGAGGAAUGUACCAUGAAUUGCAUGGACAAAGAUCAGGCUCACGGUGUAACACCUAUUCAUUUGGCUGCCAACACUGGACACUUGGAUAUUGUCAAGUUUAUCUGUUCUCAGCCAGAAACUAACGUUGAUAUCAAGGAUACAAUGCUUCGUACACCUCUCCACUAUGCCUGCCAGGAGAAACAAACAAAAGUAGCUAAGUAUCUAGUGUCUGAGCAAGGCAGCAAUCCAAACCUCAAAGAUAAACAUGAUACAACUCCUUAUGAAUUGUGUGCUGUAGUUGGAGCUCAUGAUAUUUUGUUGUUCCUGAAAUCUCAUUUGAAAGAAGACCAGAAUGAUCUCGUCUUACCAGAAAAACUAAAUAGUUUGGUGGAUGCAGAUGUAAUACUAAGGAUGCAUGCAAUCAAUGGGAAUUUAGAAAUGGUUAAAGAGAUUGUAGCCGCCAAAGGCAUGCACAUCGUGAGUGUACAAGGACUUCAAAAAGAGACACUCUUACAUAACGCUUCUUUUGCUGGGAAGUUGAAUGUUGUGAAAUAUCUUGUGCUUGAGUGCAAGAGUGAUCUUAAUGAUACUGAUGAAAGUGGACACAUUCCCCUUCACAAUGCUGCUCACGAGGGACAUACGGACGUCAUUGAAUUCUUGGCAUCACAGAAUAGCUGCCAUUCAAAUGCAAGAGAUAACAAUGGCAGAACACCCCUCCACUUUGCUGCACAGAAUGGGCACUAUGAUUCUGUUGUCAUGCUAGUGAACGUUUUCGAUCUAAAAUUAAUGCUAGGAGACGAAAAAGGCGUCACACCAAUACAACUUGCAGCUGGAAAUGGUCAUACAAGAAUUUUGAAAUUCAUGAUCACCAAAGAAGGUGUCAAUAUGUCAGUGAAAGAUCAUAAUGGAAGAACUCCUUUGCAUUCUGCUUCUCAAGGGGGUCAGCUUGACACUGUCAAGUUCCUCAUCCAUGAAUGCAAUGCUGAUCCAAUGACUAAAGACACUGCCCACUCAGUAACAUCACUGCAUAUAGCAGCUAAUGGAGGUCACACGGAAAUCGUAAAAUUUUUCUGCUCUCUUGAUAAUUCCGAUCCUAACGCUCAAGAUCAGUACGAAAAAACCCCAUUACACUAUGCCUGCCAAGAAGGUCAUUUGAACACCGUUAAGACACUUGUGAGUGAACUGUCUUGUGAUCCUUUCAGAAGAGACCGUAAUGGUGUGACACCUAUUCAACUAGCUGAUAUUGCUUGUAAACCUGAAGUUGUGGCAUAUCUAAAAUCUAAAUUUCCAUCAAAGGAAAGUGCAGAAGAAAUUAGUUCGUCUAAUGCAAAUGAUCAUGGCUUGUUAGUCAACGUUCUAGCUUCCCGUGGCCACCUUCAAAGCCUAAAAGAUGUUAUGAAGCAAAGAGGUACACACUCUGUCAAGGGACCUAAUGGAGAAACUGCUUUACACCUUGCUGCCUAUGGUGGGUAUCUGGAUACUGUGAAGUAUCUUGUUGAUGAGUGUGGUUUCGAUGUGAACGCAUGUGAUAAUAAUGGAAACACCCCAACUCACUGUGCCUCUCAAAGUAACUCACUGAGUGUUGUCAAGUACAUGACUGGAAAGACUCAAUGCAAAGCAGACAUUCCCGACAGGAAUGGUAGAAUUCCUCUUCAUAUUGCAUGCCAAGAGGGGAGAAAAGAAAUUGCUGUUUGUUUGAAUGAUAAAGACAGAGCCUGCCGGAACCACCAGGACAAUGAUGGUACAACACCAGUACAGCUAGCUGCAUAUGCAGGCCACCUUACGAUUGUCAAAUAUUUGGUGAAUGAAGGAGAUUGUGAUCCUACCAUUCGUGACAAUGCUGGACGAACUAGUGUUCAUUGUGCUAGUCAACAAGGCCACUUAGAUGUUGUUAAGUUCCUAGUGGAGGAAUGUGGAGCUGACCAUCUUGUGGAUGACUGUAAGAAUCGAGUGACACCUAUUCAUUUAGCGGCUGGAAAAGGACAUUUAGAUAUCGUUAGGUAUCUCUGCACUCUACCAAACACAGACCCAGACGUCAAGGACAGUCGUGGGAGAACACCUGUUCAAUAUGCUUCACAAGAGAACCACCUCCCAGUCGUGAAAUACCUUUACGAAGAAAAGAAAUGUGAUCCAUCUCAUAAAGAUGAACAAGGAGUUUCAUCUGUAGAAUUAGCUCUCAUUGCUGGAUCUACAGAAGUAUCUAGUUUCUACAGAGAGAACAAUUUUCAAGCGUCUGAGACUGCCUCUAGGUUUACAGAACUUGCGUCACUACUAAGCAACACUGACACUAACGCUAUCAAGGUACGCAUGGCUGUUAUUGAAGGAGAUUUGGACAAGCUGAAACAGUUGUUGAGGAGUGAUCCUAGAAAAACUGUCUCCAAAGGACUCCAAGGGGAAACCCUUUUGCAUACUGCUGCUUUUGCUGGUAAAUUAGCAAUUGUCAAGUACCUUGUCACGGACUUUAAUAUUGAUCUUAAUACUCAAGAUAAUGAUGGACACACAGCAAUGCACAACGCUGCUCAUGAAGGUUUCACAGAGAUUGUAAGUUUUUUGGGUUCACAGCAAAAUUGCUCUUCAAAUGUUAAAGAUCAAAAUAGCCGAACUCCUCUCCAUUAUGCUGCUCAAAAUGGUCAUUUAAAGGUUGUUAAGGUGUUGCUUGAAGAUCUCGAUAGUGAUAGUGAUUGCGAAGACAAAACUGGAGUUACACCUGUGCAAUUAUCUGCAGAAGCAGGGCAUUUCGAAAUAUUCAAGUACCUUGUCAAAGAAGCUAACGUCGAUUUAACCCAUGUUGACAAUAACGGUCGCAAUUGGCUACAUUCUGCAAGCCAGCAAGGCAAUGUUAGUAUUGUUAAGUUCGGAAUUUCAGAGUGCAAUAUGACCUGCUCUGUAGCAGAUAAAGCAUUUCAUGCGACUCCCCUUCAUCUAGCUGCUAGCAAUGGACAAGUUGAAGUCGUAAAGUAUCUAUGUUCACAGCCAAGCUGUGACACUGAAGCCAUUGAUCAGUCUGGAAGAAUUCCACUUCACUUUGCAUGCCAAGAAGGUCACAUUGAAGUGGUAAAGUUUUUAGUCACUGAGAAAAAGUCUAACCCAAAUCUACGUGACGAAAAUGGUAUAACCCCCAGGCACUUAGCAACUCUCAAAGGUUUCACUAAAAUUGUUGAGCUCUUAAGCUCUCACGUAGAAACCGAUCACACCACUACAAAUGACAGUGGAAAAACCACAGAAGGUGCUGGAGAGUCUUGGGUACAUGCAUCAUUGUUAGAAAAUCCUGACCGACUAGCUAUUCGUAUGGCAGCUGUUGCUGGAGACCUUGAAAAAGUGAAGAAAAUUGUUGAAAAGAAUGGUGUAGACAUUCUCUCCACUAGUGGCCCUCAAGGAGAGACUGUUCUGCACAAUGCUUCAUUUGCUGGUCAACUGAGUGUAAUUAGCUAUCUUGUUGAGGAAUGUCAUUGUGAUGUAAAUAAAAUGGAUGAAGAAGGACACACCCCAGUACAUAAUGCUGCUCAUGAAGGACAUGUUGAGGUCCUUCAGUACUUCGUCAAACUGAAUGAUUGUAACUGCACUGUUAAAGACCACAAUGGCCGUCUUCCAAUCCACUAUGCUGCUCAGAAUGGCCACAAGAUGGCUGUAUGUGUACUUCUGAACGAAGGAAAAUGUGGUUGCAUGUGGAAAGAUGAUCAUGGCUCCAUUCCCAUGCAUCUUGCUGCUUACAAUGGACAUUUGGACAUUGUAAAGCUGCUUGCCACUCAGAAAAAUAGUGAUCCCUCUUACCCAGAUGAAAAAGGCCGAACCUCUCUGCACUGUGCUAGCCAGCAAGGACACACUGCAGUGGUUGAUUUUCUUGUUCGUGAUUGUCAUGUUGACCCAAUGCUCGCUGAUACACAACAAGGUGUCACUGCUGUUCAUCUCGCUGCUGAUAAUGGACACUUGAACAUUAUUAAGGUCUUUAGCAGUAUUCCUGGUACAUCUUUCAAUGUAAAAGACAAGCAUGGACGUUCUCCCUUGCAUUAUGCAUGUCAAAAUGGCCACACAGAAAUUGUCAAGUAUCUGGUCUUAGAACAUAAGUGUGAUCCUUCGUCAAAAGACUCAAUAGGUGUAUCACCUUUUGACUUGGCAUUUGAAAUUGACACAGUCGAGUUUCUCAGGAAACACACUCCUGGUGCCUCGAGCAGUAAACAAGAAGGUAAAAAUAGGGCUGAGUUACUGUCUGCCCUAAAGAACAACAAGACAGAUCUCUUUGCCCGUAAGCAUGCAAUAAGUGGAAACUUAGAAAAAUUAAAGGAAACUCUUGCUCAUGUCGAAAACAAGAAAGCGUUUAUAGAGUCCAAGGGUCUCGAUGGAGAAACACUUCUGCACAAUGCUGCCUUUGCUGGAAAUCUUGAAAUAGUAGCUUAUCUUGUGCUAGAGUGCAAGUGUGACAUGAACAUAACAGACUCUGAUAAAUACACUGCUCUGCAUACUGCUGCACACAAUGGACAUAUGGAGGUUGUCUCUUUCCUUACCUCUCAGCCCAAGUGUAACAUGUCUCCAAUAGACAAGCAUCAACGCACUCCUCUUCACUAUGCGGCGCAAAAUGGCCACAAGAAAGUGACUGAGUGGCUAGUGGAGAAGCAUCAGUGUGACUUAAUGCAAGAAGACGAAUCAAAAGUGACACCCUUCCAACUCUCUUGUGACGCUGGACAUCUUGAUAUAGUAAAGUUUCUUUCCACACAGAGCAGUUGUGACGUGCAUCACAAAGACAAGAAUGGACGAACUGGUUUACAUGGAGCCAGUCAAAAUGGGCAUACCAAUGUUGUAAAAUACAUUGUGGAGAAACUUGGAGGUGACCCCAUGCUGAGUGAUUCAGCUCAUGGAGUUAAUUCUAUUCAUCUUGCUGCUUCAAGUGACAAUCUGAACAUUGUUAAAUUUUUCCAUUCGCUACCUAGUUGUGACCUAGCAAUCCUCAGCUCUUCAAGUCAAAAUGCUUUGCAUAUGAGCUGCCAAAAUGGUAACUUGGCUAUGGUACAGUUCAUAGUAAACACAGCUCACAUAGAUGCUAGUGCGGGAGAUAAAAAUGAAGUUACUCCUCUACAUUUUGCAUCUUUUAAUGGCCACACCAACUUGGUAUCUUUCUUACUGGAGCAACCUGGAGUUGACCCGUCUUGUGCCGACAUUAAUGGAAGAACACCUCUCCAUGUUGCUAGUCAACAAGGACACUUCGAUAUUGUCAAGCUUCUAGUUGAUGAGUACUCUUGCAGCUGCACUCAAAAGGACAAAGGGACAGGGAUCACUCCUAUCCAUCUAGCUGCUGCGAAUGGCCAAGUUAACGUCAUUCGCUUCUUUGCAACAAAAGAACCGAAGAAAUUAGAUAUCAAGGCUGCCAAUGGCCGAACUCCACUUCAUUUUGCAUGCCAAGAAGGACACCUUGAUGUUGUCAAGGUGCUCUUUGUGCAGAAUGGAUGCAACCCAGACCUACCAAGUAAAGAGGGAAUCACUCCGCGGAAGUUGGCUGAAGUCAACAACAAACGAAGGAUUGUCAACCUCUUUAACGGGAAUACCCAGGAGAAUGAAGAGAAUGACGAUCAUGAUGAUGAGGAAAGUGAAGGAAACAAUACUUUACAAGAACUGAUGCAACUGCAACAGGCCCUCAUGGGUGAACACGGCUCUCUAAGGGAACAGCUUGCUGGGAUGGGUGCGGGGAAGCCGGGUGCUAACUGUCCUAUGCAAUAAACAAGUACUGCAUGUAGUUUUACGCUUUUACUUUAGGUUUUAUAUCGUAGAUAUGCAGGCGCACUUAUGAAUUGUUUUCUCUUAUAAUUAUAAUUAUAGUCUGACUUUACUAUAUGUAUUGUCACUUUUGUAGAUUAGCUAUAGCUAAGUAUAUUAGUGAGUGUUUAUCUGUAUAUGUAAAUCUAUUAUGCUAUAUGCAUGGUUGUUGAUUUUUGUGGCUGUAUAAUUUAAAAAUUCUGACAAAAUUUAAUGC